GUAUGUUUGCAAACACUCUGAAAGCUCUUUCCAUCAGACCUGAACGCCGGAAACCACAAAGGGCAGUCAAGUUUGGAUUUUCAAGGAGAACGUCAGGGUAAACUUUCGCUCUGCCUGCAUCCGAUCAGCCAGUGCCUUGGGAGGGUCUCUGCUUAAUUCUUGAACAAGUUCGGGCUCCCGGAUAGCCACACUUGCUGACCCAGGAGUGAAUUACAGCAGUUGGGCAGCUUUGAAACCCUCUGUUUAAAGUGCGAUCGUCUAUUCAGGCCGGGGACCCUUUGUUAACUCUUGAACUAAGAUCAGAGGGGGCACAUGGAUACAAGCGUGGAUGAAGCGCAUCCUCUAUCUUUGCUCCUUCUGCUCUGAAGCUUUAUAAAAGACCCAAGGAGAGCUUCGGAAAUCAUGCAAUGUUCUCUCCAAGUGUGCUCAGGCACCUAGCUUCUGGACCUAGAAACUUCUCCAAAGACAGACCGGGAAGUCUGGAUGGACCAGCAUUUCGGCUACGGCAGCUUCCAGUCUCGUCUUCAAGGUGAGAGAGUCAUCUGCGCGCUUUUCCGCAGAAAAUGGAAAAACGCAAAUCGGCCGGACUGCUUGCCCUGCCGUCCCCGCUCCGUACGGCGCCGCUGGGCGCGCAGCCGGGGAGGGAAGCUUGCAGGGUCUCGGCGCGCCGGGAUGCGGCGGACUGCGCGCGGAGACGGCCGUGCCCGUCCCUGCCGCUGGGGGGCGUCGCAGAGCCCGCCUUUCUGCGCCAACGCAACGAGCGCGAGCGGCAGCGCGUGCGCUGUGUGAAUGAGGGCUACGCGCGCCUCCGCCAGCACCUGCCGCGCGAGCUGGCUGGCCAGAGGCUCAGCAAGGUGGAGACGCUGCGCGCCGCCAUCAGCUACAUCAAGCAACUGCAGGAGCUGCUGGAGCGCCACCGGCCGGACUGCAACAGCGAUGGCGAGUCCAGAGCGUCCUCCGGGGCCUCGCCCUGCAGCGAGCCUGAGGAACGUGGCUAGCAGCGCCCUGGUCCACCAAGGCUUUCACCGUUGCUUCUCUGGGCCUCAGUCUUUAAACCAAAAACCAAAACCAGAAAAGAACUAAGUGCUUCUGGGUCUGGGAAAGAAAGGUAAUUUAAGGUUUAGAGGGUUUGGGUUAUUUUUUUUCCCCCUCCACUCUCAUUGGUCCCGAGCUUGCAGCUUACAAAUGCUUAAGGAAACUCAUUUCCCAUACUUUUGAAGCACAAAAGGACCAUCUCAAAUCUAUGCGGUGAUUUUAAAAACACAAAGGACUGUCAGAAACCUUAGCCAGAGAAGAA